UUUGUUUUGACAUCCACUCUUCACCGCAGUAGUAUCGCGUGUGCUGUGGACUAGGUGCCCAUAGCUAUAAAUUUCUAUUCCUAUUACCGGUCAAAAUUUAGUAAAAUGUGCAUUGAAACCAGUGAAAUUGUACAGCCCAAACCCGUAACUAGUAACAUGAACAAAUCGGUCCUCUCAGAUAAGUGCGAACAAGAUAAUGGUGAUGGAUUGCGAAUUCGUCGAAUUGCCGGAGGGUGUAUGAUAAAUCGUCCACCGUUGUUUUCAUCGGAUGGGGAUGUAAUUUAUGUUAUCUGGGACAGAGUCGUUCGGGCGUUCAGUGUGACUACCGGUGAAGUUGUACGAGAUUAUGACGGAACGGAUGACGAUAUUUUUGGUAUUCUGAUCGAUCGAAAUAACCGGAAGUUACUAUACGGAUGUACCCACAAUGGUCUGAUUUUGAGUUGGAAUGUUGAUUCUGGUGUACUCCACGGCAAGAGAGAAAUUUUACAAAACACUAAACUGCAAGUGAACCACUUCAGCAUAUUGUACGAUGAGAACGAUGUAGCAACAUUUCUCAUUAGUGGUCAAUCGAGCAAAAAGCUCAUUUUGAUCUACUGCCCUGCCAAACAGAAAAUUCUCCAGUCUUUCUCGCUAGAUGGAAAGGUAAACAGUACCAAAAUAAUACUAGCAUCCGGUGGAGACAAAUUGAACUUCUUCGCCUUCAUCACGGAUUCACUGUGGCACUGGGCAGUAAUCAAACCAGAGAUUCGAAUAACAACGCGAAAGCACUGUAACGAUGUUCCGCCGAGGGUUGUGGCUUGUCAUCCGACGCAGGAUAUUGUGGCCGUUGGCGAUAACAUCGGAAGGGUGGUUUUGUAUAAAAACUUCCUCAAAACAGCACAAGCCGUCCCGGAAACAUACCACUGGCACGCAAACCCGGUGCAGUGUGUGACAUUCUCUCACACGGGAACGCACUUUUAUUCCGGCGGACUGGAAAGGGUACUGGUUAAGUGGACGGUAGGGGAUCAGGCCAAUAAGGAAAUGCUUCCCCGGUUGUCGGAUUCCGUGGUGCAGAUUGCCGUGGCACCGGAAAAUGUUCGCCUAGCAUUGUGUACCGCUGACAACGGAAUUCAAAUUCUUAAUGCACUGCAGAAGAAAACCGCCACGGUGCAGAGCUUUUCGAGGAUUUCCGAUGAUUAUACUGGGCGGAAUCCUUUCCCCAUCGGGAUAAGGGUUAAUCCCAGGACGCAAACGAUGAUUUUGAAUGGUAGAAUCGGAUGUAUUCAAUUCUUUUCGACUUAUAGUCGAUCCUUGCUUUACACGCUGGAUAUUACACUGAAAAAUUACAAUACCGUAGAGCAAAAGAAAGUCAUCUAUAAUACCGUGGUCACGAAGGUUGCCGUCAACUCCUGCUGGUUGGCUACUGUUGAAACGUGGAACGAUAACCGUUACUCGACGGAAACACGACUGAAGUUGUGGAGAUAUGACGAAUCCCGCCAAAAUUACACACUCAACACAAACGUGGAAAAUGUCCACCAGGACGGCGUCAACGGGUUGGAAUUCUCCAGCAGCAUCAAAGAGAAGAAUUUGCUAUGUGCCACAGCUGGAAAGGAUCGUUGUGUAAAAGUAUGGUCCGUUGAGGAGAUUGAAAUCACCGGCGGAGGAGAGAAAUUGGUCUGGGUGUGUGUUGGUCGAGUGGACUAUAAAAAUUUUCCGGUGCAAGCGAUUUCCUUCUCCCAAGAUGGUUCUUUGCUGGCUGCUGGUUUUGGGAAUGUUCUGUGUGCUUGGAGUGCUGAAACAUUACGACUAAAAUGCGUCCUGUCUGCUCCCGCUGGUUACGAUGGUGGUGUGAAUCGAGUAGUGCUCUCCGUUCCUAACAAAAAGAAGACAAUCAGUAAAAAUGAGUACAUGGAAAAGAGAUCGAAAAUCAUACAGCAGAUGCUGGAGGUGCUGGAGAAGAAGGAUGCCACUGCAUUGUUUAAAAAUGCAAAAGCUAAGAAAAAAGAUCGUUUAGUGAAAAACAAUACUAAUCAAGUUGAGAAACUUUCUUUGGACGAGAAAAAGCAUGCUUUCAAGAGAGUCCAGCAGCAUAACGAACUUUCACUGCUGCAAAAAGCGGAACUCUUCUACAGACUGGGUAUUCAAUGUAAAACAACUGAACAAAUGAAGCAAAAAAUCGAAAAGAAAUUGACUAAAGCAAAGAAUAUAUCGACACAAGCCGAAAAUCACCUUCAAAAGGCUAUUAAUGAACUUUGUACGGAUGUUAAAUUUCGAAGCAAAAGAAAAUUGCACUGCUACCAGCGACGAAAGGCUUUCAAUCCAGGUUUAGCUCAAUUUACCUCUUUGUUUGACGGUGGGAAAAAACAGCAAUCGUCGAAACAGCCGCAGGAAAGUUACAAUCAACAGCCUAUAAAAACCGUAGCUUACGUCAAACAUGUUCUUUUCUGUCACGGAGAGUAUUCACACUUGGUUGUGAUGUGUACGGAAAGCAGGCUACUGGUUUGGAAUUUAUUGACCCUAAGGAUUCAAGUAACUGUUAAUCUAUCCGUGGAAAUGAUUGUCAUUGAUUCAUUCACAAAUCUGAUUGCUGCCUUUACCAGUGAUAAAGAAUUGUAUAUUUUUCUACCAAACAUACCGAUGCCACUUUAUCACCGGAAAGAUCUACCAACGGUUUACGGUUCUGCUUGGAUACCGCGCAGAUACCCGAAAUCCCAAUCGCUUAACGUAGACUGGCAGGCGGUGUCGCAGCUUUACUUUCUAAAUCAAAAUCAGGAACUCCUUCAUUUGGUGUCCGAUAGCGACGAAGAAUCGCUUGGCCCUGUUGUAUACAUGAGCGAAGUGCUCGGCAAAGGACUGCCCAAUACACCAUUUGCGGCUAUGUUGACAAAGCAAACUUCCGGAGUGCAACCUUCGGCGAACGUGAAUACGUCUGUUGGACCAAUUGGAGUAGCUGGCAGGAGCAGUGUCAAGGAGAUUGCCUCCACCGCCGCCCAUACGAUGGCUCCGAUCAGUCUGCUAUGUCGGGACUUUCUCAAAUCGCUACUAAUAGUCGAGAAACGACGACGGGAGCGUGAUUUACUUGCCGUUGUGGAUGGGACAGCUGCCACAACUGCCACGAGUCGUGCCGUUAGUGAUGACGACGAUGCUACUGAGUCGGAUAGUGAAUCAAGCCAGACGGCAGAGGUCAGCGCAAAGAUUGCGCACCGAAAGGUGGCACUAGAGUCUAUCGAGCGGGCUAAGUUGAAACCAGCCAACCGUGCCGGACAGCUCGAUCAAGAUUCAAAACUCAGGAAGCUGCUGGAGGAUAAUGUUGACAUUGAGUUUUGAUUAGCUGUAAGUAGUAUAUACGAAUAUAACUUCCGUAAAAAGUUUUUCAGAUCCUUAUUCAAAACUAUA